AUGUCUAAAACACGAAAAAAAUGGUUACCGGAAUUAUGCUCAUCAGCAACACUUGCUCCCAAAGCAGUUGUUUCACAACACUGUGGACUUUGGGGUGCAUCUUUGAUACGUGCUCGUCAUACUUUAGUUAAUAUUUUUAAACCGAUGCUUAUACCAUCAAUAGUUCAGAAUUAUCACAUUAAUGAAGAUCAGAAAUUUCUAAACGAUUAUGUUAAAGACCACGUUAGAAAUCAUUCUUUAAUAUUUGAUAGUUAUUUUUGUGAAAUUCUUGGUGGUCAACCAUUUCUUUCUCAAAGACCGAUUGAUGGUUGUUAUCUGGGUUGCAUAAGACCUUGUUGUAACAAUGCAAAGAAUGUUCAUUUUCGUGAACGUAAAAUACCUUGUCCGAUCGAAUGUAGACCGAAAGAUCAUCUAGAUUGGAUCUAUUGCUAA